AUGUCUCUCCUGCGAAAGAGACAAGCAUUUGGACCUUACUGCCCUGCCGAAGGCAAUUGGUAUGCUUGCUCAAACUUCGUUGGUUGCUGUGUCGAUGUCAACCAACAAGGGUCUCAAUCGCCUUGCCAGCUAGGAUGUCACGCCGGCAAUCUGCAACCUGCCAGCUUCGAUGCGACCUAUCACGGAAAAUUCCCCGAUGUGGUGUGUGAAUAUGGGUCACAGCCCUACCAAUGUAAUUACACGACGCCGACGCCUUCAUUCAUGGGAUGCUGCAAAUCAAAUCCCUGCAGUCCGGCCAGUGGGUGUCCGAAAGGGGAUCUGACGCCAGCGCGGUUACCGUCGAAUCCCAGUAUAGCAGCAUCCUUUGCGUCGAUUGCAGAGAGCUCGUCGACAAGUGGUGCAGAGAUACCAACUUCCACAUCGAUAAGCCUUCCUUCUUCGACUCCCCUUACCACGGACUCCGAUGAACAAGAUACACCAGUGGCCGCCAUCGCUGGCGGUGCCGCCGGAGGCGCCGUGGUCCUCGCCCUUAUCGUGGGCCUCAUUAUCUGGCGCAUGAGACGGCGCUCACCCAAGUCACGGCGAAGCGGCCGUGCCGGUCCCGAUGAUUAUCUCAAUCCCAAUGCACCUCCUAUGCAAGACAUGUACCAAAGCUCUCCCGCCAUGAGUGAGCUCCCUGCACGUAUAAUCCCCUCAGCCUCGCCUCAGUACUCAUCACCAGCUAACGCUCCACCAGACCACGACCUUUCCAAACACCGCACAACGCUCCUGCCCCGCUACUCGACUCUAGAGGACCAGCUCAAAAUCGGCACCAACAGUCUCCACACCGAGACCCCGGCAACGGCCCACGAACUCCCCCUCACCGAGACCCGUGCGACAAGCCCCAUCUCCCGCAAAUCCCUUCCCUCGCCCUUCUCCUACCCCUCCAUGCACCCCUCGCCAGCCGUCGCGCCAGCUGAACUCGACAGCACAGCGUCCUCGCGCUCGUCGCCGUUGAGUCCGAGCCAGACACACCAACAAGGCGCAGCGGCGCAGCGGCGCGUGGGCGCCCUCGGCGGAGUGUCGCCAGAAAUGCUUGAGCCAGGGAGUCCGGCUUCAGAGCGUAGGGGUAAGGCGGGGAAUGGGCGGCCGGGAUCGGGGUACGGGCUUGGAAUUUCCGUUACGUAG